GUUGCGGAUCGAAGACAGAAUUCUCGACCCUUUGAAGGACCCGAGAACAAUUUUCCUUCAGCCAGCAUCAUGGCCAAUCAAGAAGACAGAUUUUUAUCACCUCUUGCAAUUAGCUUCGACGGGGAAGAAGAGAGAGAGCCGGAAAGAUUGCCGGUUGGUUUCAAGUUUCGUCCUACCGACGAAGAGCUCAUACAAGAUUAUCUCAGGCCUAAGGUUCUCGGCGGUGAACUCCCCUGCGAAGGCAUCAUCGUCGAUACCAACAUAUACCAUCAUGAUCCAACGCAGCUUGCAGAAACGUAUGCUGAUCAUGAGAAAAGUUGGUAUUUCUUUACCCCGAGGAAUAGGAAGUAUGAGAAAGGGAGUAGGCCAGACCGAGCAGCGUCUGGAGGAUUUUGGAAGGCCACUGCAGCAGAUAUAGCGAUCGAGAAAAAGGAAGGGGAUCGAAAGAUAAAACUCGGGGAUAAGACAGCAUUGGGGUUCUGGGAGACUAAGAAAAGUAGAGUCAGGAGUAUCGAUCGAGGGACGAAGACGGAGUGGUUGAUGUACGAGUAUAAGAUCGAGGAGUCGAAGCAGCCUAUCAAGAACGGCCACAUGCUGUUGGAUGACUAUGUCCUGAGCAAAAUAUACCGCAGCUGCCGUAAAGGCUGGAAGAAAGCUGCACCUGUCGCAGUUAAUCCGGAUAACCUGCAGGAACAAAUCCAGCAACCAAACAAAAGAGCUCGCCAUCAACCUGAACCUGAACGUAAACCUGAACCCAAUUUCGACCCGACCCAAAUCCAGCCUGUACCAGACAACCUCUUUCUUCCGAACCCCGAAACAGUACAGGACGAGAAUGCCUACAUGUUUCAAAACCAAUCGUUGCAAACUGCAUUGUGGAACCCGAACCAACCACCAGAUCCGCUCGAUCACAAUUUUGCUUCUAGUAGUGACGACAAUUUCUUUCCGGACCUCCCAGAUUUUGAUUUUCCCUUAGAUUUUGAUCAACAUGAACCCGCCAAUUAUCAAUCAAACUCUCCUUUACCUCAAGGCUACAACGGAGAAAGCUCAAUUCAGCCUGGCAUGGCUAACUUCAACGUGGGCGUUCACGGUCAGGACUUUCAGCAGCUGCAGAUCAAUAACUACGGCGUCGCCAACUUCAAUAUCGGCGUUCACGGUCAGAACUCCCAGCAGCUGCAGUAUAACUAUGGCGACAUUCAUUCGCCCGCCCAAUUUCUCGCCAGUACGAAUCCCCAGCCUGCAGGAUGUUGA